UCAAGGAGAUAUCGCAAAAAGACGACUGUCAUCGCGUGAAGAUUAUGCCAUAAAGGCUUUAUUGCUCCAGAAUUUUGCGAUAGUAAAUAAUAUGGAGCAAUUACCGAGUAACAACGUCAAUCGGGCUUCAAUUGAGCCUCGGAAUCAGGGUGGGGCUAUCAAUUCAGAAGGUGCGGCAACUCAGAAUCUUCCGGCUCGUCCACCGUUAACAAGAGCAGACUCUCGAUCAGCUUUCCCACCGCAGUCUCUCCGACUAGGAGCACCCCAAUUACAACAGAGGCCUCAAUUUCAACCAGGAACUGGGACUUCUCAAGCACAAUUUGCACCUCGGCCUACAAACCCAGCUCAAAGAGGACAGGCUCCGGUUGGUCCCCCAGGAUCUCCGCAAAUCCGAGGUCAACAACCUAUUUUGCGUCCAUUAGGUCCACAACAGUUUACAUCUCAAGGUCCUAGACCUAUUCAGUCUCCAACAUUUACCCAGCCACCGCAGCGCGGCCCGGUACCAAACAAUCUACAGUUUGGUCCUAGACAACCUCCACAAUUUGGGAACGUUACAACCCCAGAAGGUUCCAGACCACCUGUACCUCCAUCCAACGGGUCUUAUAAAAACGGUAGUGCAUUGAAUGCUCCAAUAAACGCACAAAUUACAAGCCAGCCAAUACAAGGCCCUCCAAAGAGUAGUGACUCUAUUAACUCCAUCCAAAACAAACCGGUCAACCUGGAGAACCAAACAGCAUCGAGCGAAAAUCAAAAUGGGAAGCCGGAAAAUGCCUACGAAGUUCAGGGAGCGGUUAAAGGAAGGAGCUACAGCAUUGCAGCCGCUCCUGGGGCACCAAGCCCUUUAAAAACGGAAGAUGACAGAAGAAAAUCAGUGAGUGCUGUAGGUGGACGGUAUGAUGAGUUGACUAGUCGUAGUCCAGGGCUAAGUUUGAUACAGGAAAUGAAAGGCAGUAAAGAUAAUAUUCUUGGCUCCAAAGAAAGUGUUCGAUCUGAAGCAUCCAACGAUGGGGCUAAAGAUAUCCCUGAACGUCCAGAGUCUCGAUUGAAUGGAUCCAAAAUGACAGAAUCCUUUAUGGGAUCUUUGUCAAACCUGUCAUCUAAAAAGAAAGGAGAUGACGAUGAUGACGUCAUCGCACAGAGCAACCCCUCUGCAGCAAAGCUGGAAAUAACUCAAAAUAAAACUGAUCUCUCCGACCGUUCUCCGUCUUUAACUAGAAGUGAUGAUUCGCCAGAACCUAAAGCCGCACCACAGCCUCCAGUUCAAUCAAAGAAAUCGCCGGUUUCUACUACUCCUGAGCCACAACGCCCAAAAACACCUAAGUCCGACAAAAAACCAGAAGUAAAACAAGAGCCAGCUAAAGAUAUAAAACCAAAAGAAACACCUACUAAAAACGCAGCAAAGUCUCCAAUUUAUGAGGCAAAAUCACCAAUAAAUUCAAAACCUGUUACAUCUGCAAAUCAAAAACCAACUGAACUUAAAACUCCUGUAACACCACACGAUUCCAAAAAAUCAACACCACGCAAAAUCGUUUCUGCGCCAGCUUCGCGUUCUAAAGAUGGCGACAAUGACAGCGGUGUAGACGAAUCUACCCAAGGAAACGAUCUUAAUGGCUCGCCAAGUUCACCGAACAAGAAGCUCCCUAGCAAAUUGCCGACAAAGGAAAAAUCAAGCAGCAGUUUAAAGCAAAGCCUGUCGCGUUCAUCCAGCAAGAGUGCAACGGCCAAGACUCCUGAAACUCCACAACCCGGCGAGAAGAAAAAAGUACCCAUGAACAAGGUUCAAGUAGGAAGCGCACCAUCGCCAAACAUUAAAGCCGUAAAAUCAAAAAUCGGUUCUUUGGAGAACACAACGUACAAACCUGGCGGUGGAAAAGUCAAAAUAGAAAACAGGAAGCUCGAUUUCAAUAACGUCACUCCUAAAAUCGCUGCGAAAAAUGAUGCUUACACUCCGAGCGGUGGGGCAAAGAAGAUCACAACCACCAAAUUAGAAUGGAACGCAAAAUCAAAGAUCGGCUCACUCCAAAACGCCGCAUACAAACCUGGCGGAGGAGAUAAGAAGAUAGAGACAGUGAAGUUGGACUUCAAGGAAAAAGCGAAGCCAAAGGUCGCGUCCACCGUUAACAUCACACACAAACCAGGCGGUGGAACCAUUAAGAUUGAGAAUCAAAAAUUGGAAUUCAAAGCGCAAAGUAAAGUUGGGUCUUUGGACAACGUGAAACACAAACCGGGCGGCGGUGACAUCAAGAUAUUUGAUGAUAAAGAUUACAUCAAGCAGAUAGGAGGAGUGUCUCCUCAGCCGAGCGGAGUGUCACGACAGGAGCCAGAGUAUUUGUACACGUUCUAUUGAAUCAUUUUUUGGUGUUUCGAGAGUCCAGUACCGCCGUCAACACAGGCAUCAAAAGCAGAUGAGAAUCUGAAUCAGCAGCAGUUUUAAGCACAUACCCUUUAUAUUACGAUUUUAAUAAGCGAGAGUCCAAAUUUUUGUAUUUUAUUUAACCUAAUUUAUAGUUACAUUCAUUGUACCUCCAAAUUACUGGUGAUUGUUUUGCGGAUUUAUUUAUGUUAUUAAAUACAUUGACUACAAUUUGUCCGCUAUUAGGCAUAUCUUUCUAGGCAAUAUGUUCUUUAAUAGUUGAUAGGUAAUAUCCAUAAAUAAAUGUUCCCUUAGAAUAACUUUAGCUGUGACUAAAAGGUAUAUUCUUUAGACACGCGUCGAAAAAGGUCGAGUGCCAAUAAUUAAUAUGUAACGGAAUCGAUUUAAUUAUUACUAUAACAAUAUAAUAUUAAAUAUAUUAGUCUUCAGUGGUUUAAAUAGAUCGUGAUUAAAAAUUAUUGGCAACCCAAUAUAUAUACAAAAAUAUUUUUAUUAUUUUUAAUGCAACGGAUAUUAGUUAUGGCAAUGAUAUACUUUGUUGCCAAAGUACGCACUAGACAGUAGACAGAUUUUUUAACUAAAAUUGCACACUGUGUUUAAAGUGUUUUGACGUCUGCAUUGUUUUCAAUUUAAAUACAUAUUUAGAUUCAACAUUGUUGUUCCAUUUCCCAUGUGUUGAGUUCUUGUAGUUUGUAUGAAAGGAAGGAGUUGGUAUAUAACGGAGUGUUUAAUCUAAAUGAAUGAAAUUCUCGAUUCAGCACCAGGUACUGUUUUUAUUAUAAAAUUUUGAUAUUCACCUUGCCUCUCAACUUGAAGGACAAAAGUAUUACGUCAUCUUUUAUAUUUUUACAUUUGAAGUGCUGAAACGAGAAAUUGAGGGUUAGUGAUCGACUGAGAAGAAUUAUUAUUAAGUUAUUUAAUGUUAUAUGUGACUACUGUUAUAAGUACUAAUUAGUUUUAGAUAGUCGUAUAAAUGCUUUGUACACAUCAUUUUCAUCGCCACUAACGUGAAAUGAUAACAAGUUUUGCAUUUAUGAUUAUUUACGUAUAUUAUAAUUUUUCACGCCCCGAACCUUAGACGAUUGUAAUUUUGAGAUUUAUAUUCAAUACAUUUGUAAUAUGAGCGAUUUAAAUUUGAUACUUUUAAGUAUUAUACCUUGAAAUGAUUGUAGCGGUACCUUAUUUAAACUCGUAACAUUAAUCACGUUAUUGUGAAUUAAAAAGGUAUGAUAUUUGGUAAAACUAAUUUUUAAUACAAGUUACCGUCUC